AUGCAGCACUCACACUUUGAACCAAGUGGAUACCAGUCCGGAAUAUACGGCGGAUCACCAUCUUAUGACGGAUCCUCCAUAAAACUCCAUCAUGGACACUUUCAGGAAACACCAGCGGAUACCUGUUAUAACGCCUUUCUCUCUCCGACAUCUUCUCCGGGAAAUUAUAUUUCCCGGGAACCUCCGUCGUACGCGGAGUCUACAUUACUUCAUGGUGGAUUCGUACCAAAUACCAAUAGUGCCUAUUACAAAAUGCCCAAUGGGCGACAAAUGGACAUAACCGAUUAUGGUCUACAAAGGAGUUCGGACGGGCUCUUGACCAAAUCAGACAUUCUUGACAAUGGGCAUCCCACCCAUGGGUUGGACCAAAUUCAUCCGCGCUACGAUGCGCUGGGAGGGGGUUCAAAUGUGGUAGGGGGAGGAGAAACGGAGGGAAGACUUUCCGACAAUGGCUUAAACACCCACCACGAAGAAGUGCAACAUAUUAAACUAGAGACAAACCAUGAUUAUAAACCAGAUAUUCAACAAAUGCCGCCACAGCAACGUCUGUCUCCGGGAAUCACCGAACCGGAAAUCCCACAGGAAACCAAGGACGAAACAUUAAAGGUAGAAAAGGAAAUCGAACCCAUAGACAUUGCAGACCCGUCAAAAGGACACGACGAAAAGGCGCAUGGAAACGCUGACGUCAAACCGGCGCUUUCAUAUAUAGCACUCAUAGCGAAAGCAAUACUAGAGUCAACACAAAAGCGUCUUAGUUUGGGUUCUAUAUAUUCCUGGAUAGAGAAAAAUUAUCCUUAUUAUCUAAAUAGAGGGCAGGGUUGGCGCAACAGCGUCCGACACAAUCUAUCUUUAAACGACUGUUUCAUCAAGGCGGGACGCUGUGAGGAUGGAAAGGGUAAUUACUGGGCGAUUCAUCCAGCAAAUAUUCAGGACUUCAUGAGGGGCGACUUUCGACAGAGAAGGCGCUCCCGUCGUAGGGGCCGAAAGAAGGAUUGUGACUUGGGCAUGUACCAUAUGGCAAACGGAUAUGCUCCGCUUGCCCCUAGUGUGCCAUUCAGCCCUUCUGCAACGCCGUUUAGUUCUAUAUAUUCUCCGUAUACUGACGCCGAGCGCCGAGCAUACCGACUAGACGAGGCGCUUUUGCGCCAGAGUAUGAACAAUCCCUUCAUGAAAUGGUACCACAAUGGUGUUCCCAACGGCAGCUACAAUUCUCCACAGAAUACAGGCUGUAACUCAACUAUGUAUCCGAAUUCGCCCUCUUCACAGUGGCAGGGAUACGGAGACCAAAGCUAUCAACUCAACCCUUCCCUCUCUAGGUGA